AUGCUGAGAAUUGCGAAGGCGAAGCGUCCGAUCACCAAAAAGCGUAUCUGUGGCUACUGCCCAUAUCUGACAUAUCGGGCUCUCCUCUAUCUGCACCCGACACAUGGCGAGAUCAUUGGAUUCGACCUCGUCGGAGCUGAAGAUAGAGGCAACCCAACUGCAUUCUACCUGGAUGAGUUGAGGUGGUUUUCCCAGACCUGCGACGAGCGCAAAUCAGAAAUUCCUUACUUGUCUCACGCGGGUGAGACACUGCUGGACACCGCCAGGUCCAGCGAGCCUGCCCAGUCCAAUUUGUUUGAUGCGGUCCUGCUAAAGUCCAAACGCAUUGGGCACGGAUUCUCUCUCGUCAAGUGCUAUUUUGGACUAGCGUGCUGGUUGGGCGGACCCGUGCAGCUUCAGCGCGAGGCGCGCACAUCAUCCUCCUUCAAUACUCUCCUACUCUCCUACACUACUUUGCGCCAGCGGCCUCUAUGA